UGUGUGUGUUUAUGUGGCCGUGUGUGUCGGUGUGUGUAAGUGUGUGUGAUGAUGAUGAUGGCGGAGCUGGUGCAGGGACAGGCCUCGGUGGCUCAACCCGGGAUGAAGGCGGACGGAUUCACGGACCCGUUUCACCGCGCGCGACAGAUUAAGAUGGGUGGCGAGCCGCUGCCGCACAUGAAUAACUCGUCUCCAGUGGUCGAUGCUUCGCUGUACGGAUACGCUACACAGAAACGCUCGCUGGAUGAAGGAGUGGCGAAUCAGCUCGGUGCAAUGGUACAUGGUACAAGGGCUAUAAUAACAGAAGACUUCAAAGUGCCUGAUAAGAUGGUUGGAUUCAUUAUUGGACGGGGCGGCGAACAGAUCACAAGAAUUCAGCUGGAAUCCAACUGCAAGAUCCAGAUCGCUGCUGAUAGUGGAGGUAUGAUGGAUCGGCCCUGCACCCUGACCGGGACCCCAGAAAGUAUCGAGCAGGCUAAGCGUCUGCUGGGUCAGAUAGUGGACCGCUGUCGGAACGGGCCGGGUUUCCACAGUCAGAUGGACGGCAGCAGCGCAGUGCAGGAGAUCCUGAUCCCGGCCAGUAAAGUGGGCCUGGUCAUUGGGAAAGGAGGAGACACCAUCAAACAACUGCAGGAGCGGACAGGAGUGAAGAUGAUCAUGAUUCAGGACGACCCCAUGCCCACCGGAUCAGACAAACCCUUGAGAAUCUCCGGAGACCCCUAUAAAGUGCAGCAAGCGCGAGAGCUGGUGGUGGAGAUCAUCCGGGAAAAGGAUCAGGGAGAUUUCAGGAGCGGACGCAGUGAUUUCGGAUCCAGACUCGGCAGCAGCAUUGAUGUGGCAGUGCCCAGGUUUGCGGUUGGCAUCGUCAUCGGCCGAAACGGAGAAAUGAUCAAGAAGAUCCAGAACGACGCCGGUGUCAGGAUCCAGUUUAAACCAGAUGAUGGCAUCAGUCCGGACCGGGUGGCUCAGGUCAUGGGUCAGCCUGAGCGGUGUCAGCACGCGGUUCACCUCAUCAAUGAACUGGUGCAGACGGCACAGGAGCGCGAUGGUUUUGGGGGUCCGCUCGGGCCCCGGGGUCGCGGCAGGGGUCGUGGAGACUGGAACAUCGGCACUCCUGGAGGCCUGCAGGAGGUCACCUACACAAUACCGGCUGAUAAAUGCGGCCUGGUUAUCGGAAAAGGUGGAGAGACCAUAAAGAACAUCAACCAGCAGUCCGGCGCCCAUGUGGAGCUGCAGAGAAACCCUCCGCCCAACACCGAUCCCAAUGUGCGCAUUUUCUCCAUCCGCGGAUCCCCUCAGCAGAUGGAGAUGGCCAGACAGCUGAUCGACGACAAGAUCGGGGCAUCUGGAAUGGGAGGAAACAGCAGUUUUGGACUCAGCCCUUUCACUCAAGGACCUGCGACUCCUCAUCAGAAUGGGCCGCAAACAUUCAUGACCGGAGGUUGGGGCACCACCUAUCAGACGUGGCAGCCUCAGAGUCAGCAGGACCCCAGUCACAACGGCUCUCAGAGCGGACAGAUGGACUACUCCAAAGCCUGGGAGCAGUAUUAUAAGAAGCUAGGUCAGCAGAACCAGGGCCAGAGCAGCGGCUCUGACUACAGCAAAGCCUGGGAGGAGUAUUACAAGAAGCAGACUCAGGCAGCCGGACCGGGCUCUCAGCAGAGUUCUCCUCCAGACUACAGCGCCGCCUGGGUGGAGUAUUACAGACAGCAGGGAGCUUAUUACGGCCAGGGACAAACACAGGCCCCCGGCCUCCCGGAUCAUUAAAUGAGCAGCAGCGGUGGCGACUCCAGACCCUUUAGUUGAAGAUUUUUGAAUCACUGCGAGGAGGAGAACAGACCUUUUGUAACAGAGGUUUCUAGAUUUGCAACGCCUUGAAGACUUUUACUUUUUUUCUUAGUGAGAAACACUAGCUGUAGAAUGACUUGUAUGAUUUAAACAGAGAACUAUUUCUAAAAAACAAAAAAUCAGGACAUCCAAUUGUUACUAAAUAACUUGUGUACACCAUUAUCUGAACGGAGGUGUUUUUUUUUUCCCGGGACGAGUCGGUUUGUUUUCUAUUCUUCCUUUUUAAUUCGUACGAUAUAUAUAUAUAGAGAUGUAUAUCGGCAAACGAACCCGGAGUGUGUGUGUGUGGGCGUUUCAUCGAGCGAUCGCGCAAUAUAAUCUCUUAUUUUUCUAGUUCUGUUGCAAUAAAACGAUGGGGGCGGGGCUUGGCAGUCUUGAAUUCGUUAUCGUUUCGUUCGUUUUGGUUUCUUUUCGUCAUGAAAUGUUUUAAGAAUGUGUACAAAAUGUUUUUCCUUUUUGGGUUCGUUUCUCUUACAUAAAGCAUUUUAAUUCAGUGCGAUAAUGAUGAAAAACUGUGAUGUUUUUGUUACAGAAAUAUAUGCUUCUUUUGUUACACGCGUCAUGAUGAUGAUGAUGAUGAUGGUGGUGAUGAUGAUGAUGAUGUAAUUCCUCAUGUACUUUGUAUUCUGUUUUCAGUGUCGUUUUAUUGUACUCUGGUUAAGAAAAAGGUGCAAUAUCUUAUUUCAUCAUUUUUUUUGAAACAAAGAUGGACUCUCUAAUAUUUUGACAGACGUUUAACGUGUAGAUCUUAGCUAUUUUUUUUAGAUGAUAAUUUUAUAUGACCGUGAUUAUUAUUAUUUUUUUUUUUGCCAGGGAAAGGGUGGUCUUGCGUAUCGUGAGGUUGUUUUUUGCCUUUGCUCUCUUGUAAAACUAUGUAUGUAUGCUCAGAUACUUGACUAAAUACUUUAUUUAAAACAUAUAUAUACAUAAAUAUAUAUAUAAAUAUAAUUAAAUCAAAGACGUUUUUGGUCCCUUAUUUUUCUCUUCUGUUUUCAUACUGAAAUUUGUCAAAGAUUGUGAAUGUGUAAUCUGAAAUUUGAUGUUGCAUCUUGCUGACGGAUGAUAAUAAUGUGUGUGUUUUUCUGUACAACUCAAAGACUUUAAAGCGUUCAGGACUGCUAAGCCUCCAGAGCCUAUACCUGUGUAUGAAUUAAUUAAUUGAUUAAUUGUAGUUUUUUUUUUAUAUUGGAAGUAUUGGAUGAUCAAAGUGGUCGUGUUCUUUGGUACCGCCUCUCUCUCUCUCUAUCUCUCCAUCUUCAUCAGCUCUCGCGCUCACUCUGGACACACCACCGUUUUAAUUCUGUUGUUUCUUUCUACUGUGUGAUCUAAUAUAUGUAUGAUUGAUUAGUUACCAACAUUGAUCUAGUAUUAACUUCAUUGCUUAAUGAAAAGGGAUAUUAUAAUUUCGAAAUGUUUAAUUUUAGUGUUUCUUUUCUUCCUCAUGUGUACAGGUAACCAUGUAUUAAAAUUGAUCGAAAGACUA